AUGCUCAAGAUGAUUCCAAUAAUCUGCCUGGCGAUGCUGCUUCCUGAAGUGGCUCACUCGGCUCAGGGUCACUAUGCCCACAAGCUUCUGAGUGAUUUGAUGGAGAAUUAUUCCAGCGCUCUGCGGCCUGUCGACGACACGGACCUAGCCCUCAACGUCACCUUACAGAUCACCCUCUCUCAGAUUAAAGACAUGGAUGAGAGGAACCAGGUGCUGAUUGCCUACCUGUGGAUCAGGCAGACGUGGCAUGAUGCCUACCUCAGGUGGGAUAAAGAAGACUAUGACGGGCUGGAGGUGAUUCACAUCCCCAGCAGCCUUGUGUGGAGGCCCGACCUCGUCCUCUAUAACAAAGCUGACGAUGACUUCUCAGGGCCAAUGGACACUAACGUGAGGCUACGCUACAAUGGCGAGAUAACCUGGGAUGCUCCUGCUAUCACCAAGAGCUCCUGUGUGGUCGACGUCUCCUACUUCCCCUUCGACAGCCAGGAAUGUAACCUGACGUUUGGGUCUUGGACCUACAAUGGCAACCAGGUAGACAUCAUUAUGGGCAUGGACAGUGGUGACCUGUCUGACUUUGUGGAAAAUGUGGAGUGGGAGUGCCACGGGAUGCCGGCCACCAAGAAUGUCAUCAUGUACGGCUGCUGCUCCGACCCGUAUCCAGACAUCACCUAUACGGUGCUCCUGCAGCGCCGCUCCUCCUUUUACAUCUUCAACCUCCUCCUCCCCUGCUUCCUCAUCUCCUUCUUGGCUCCUCUGGGUUUCUACCUGCCUGCAGACUCUGGGGAAAAGGUUUCCCUCGGAGUGACCGUUCUCCUGGCUCUCACUGUGUUCCAGCUGAUGGUAGCUGAGAGCAUGCCUCCAUCUGAGAGUGUGCCCCUGAUAGGGAAGUACUACAUUGCCACUAUGACCAUGGUCACAGCCUCCACAUCUCUCACCAUCUUCAUCAUGAACAUCCACUUCUGUGGUGCAGAGGCCAAACCAGUCCCUCACUGGGCAAAAGUUCUCAUCAUUGACUACAUGUCCAAGAUUUUCUUUGUUUACGAGGUGGGCGAGAACUGUGCCUCUGCGUCCUCCUCUUCCUCAUCUUCCAACUUCCCACAGGAUGAUAGCCGUCACCAGCACCACAACUCUCACGUCCAUGCAAAUGGUAAACCAGGGGGCCACAGUAGCCGACAGGAGUGGCAGGGUCGCAAAUACCAAAGACCUCAGACCCCCAAGCCGCAGCACCACCCCAGAGUAAAAGCCCAGCACCACAUCACCAGAGAGGAGCGGAGCCACUUGUCCAGCUUUGCACCUGGAAAAUACGAAGGCUCGAAUGGGAAAAUCCCGACAGGUGAAUGCUACAAGGAAGACCAGAAGGUCCCCUGUUACCCCGACGACCAAAAGCUUCCCUGCUGCCCCGAAGAUAAAAAGCUUCCACCUCAUGGCCCCACUGUUACCUUCGGCCCCUGUCUGUUCUGCAGCCAUGCUAGUGGCUUCCCCGGUGUGGACACCAAGCUGGUGCGCAAUGUUGAGUAUAUUGCCAACUGUUUCCGGGAGCAGAGGGCCACGUGCGCCAAAGGGGCGGAAUGGAAGAAGAUCGCUAAGGUGAUGGACAGAUUCUUCAUGUGGAUCUUCUUCGUCAUGGUCUUCCUCAUGAGCAUCCUCAUCAUUGGCAAGGCCCCAUGAAACUAGCUUUUUUUUUUUUUUUUAGAUAUUUGACUCAAUGAACUCUUUUUAGUCAAAUAAAAAAGGGACUAUUUAUUCUUUUUUAUAAACAUGUAGGUUGAGAGAUAUAUGGAUUUUGUAGCUUUUUCUUUAUUUAAGGGAUAGUUUGGAUUUUCUUGAGGUGGGGCUGUAUGAGGGACUUAUCUACAGUCAGUGUAUCACCUACAGUAGAAUGAUCGGCACGCCCUCAGUGUGGAGAUGUGUGCUGCUGUGAAUGGGGACAGCAGCAAAACAUAUUUUAGCCACCUAAAAAAAAUCAUUGUCAGUUGAAGUAUAUACUAUAUUUAUAAUAUAUUUCUACUGCUUUACCUUGCCAUCAGACAGCCAUUUCUGAUAGGAAACUGAAGCCGUUAUCUGUGCUCUCUUUAGUCAUAAGACUACUUUGACAAAAACAGUAAUUUUACCCUGCAGAACACAGGAGUUACUGGUCUGUUGCUGUCUUGAUCAGUUACUUAUUGGUGACUUUGGUGUUUGUAAGGGUUAGUUUGGAAUUACCAAAGUCACACAAACUAAA